CUCAAGUCCACCAUCCUCCUGCAACGUGUUGCUAGAGAUCAGAGCUUUCUUCUGAGACUUUGGAAACUUUGCAAUGGAAACUCAAGAAUAAACCCAGGGAAAGUCACUAAACAAUGUGACUUUGGAUGCAUCUCAUGCAUACACUGGUCCAGUUAAGAUCAGAGUAACUUCAAAAAGGUUUACAUGCAGGAAUAAAACUGUGUUUGCAUAGAUGAGGAGCGCAGGAAUGAAGAUGAUGUGGCGCUGAUGCUGUGAGUCAACAGCCGAAACACAUUAGACUUCUAUCAGUGGUGUUUAUAAUGGCUUUAAGAGUGUGGUUGAAGUUCAGACUAAAAUGUCGGUUUGUGGUGGCCUUCCUGUUUCUCUUCAGUCUAUCAGUGGUGAUGAUAUACACCCUCCCUCCUUUCGCAUCUGAGCAGAGCGGGCUGAACGUACGGGGCCCCCGCAAUAACAAACCCAGCAGGCUGGUCGAAAAGUUGCCUCUGAGACUUUAUCUGCCAACGUCUUCAUAUGAACACAGCAAAACCUGGAAGAACCCUGAAAUGAAAGAUCAUGCUAAACAUCUCCUGAUGGUCAACCAUCACCAACAAUCAGUUUCCUCUGGAAAAACAGCAGAGAAAAAAGUAUCAACCAAAGCAAAAAAUAAAGCAAACAAAAAAGAACGAUAUAUGCAGAACAUAAACAAGCAUCCAGUCAAGCCAUUUGCAGCCCGGGCCAAAAGAGAUCGAGCCGUUAAACUAGAAAAUAGCAGGAACUCUAACCAAACCAUCCAUCUUCUUCACUCCAGACAUGACCCAACAUUCCCCCGGUCUGCCAGCAUCCAAAGCCUCCACCCAAACAACAAGACAUGCAGGCACAAAUGCACUCUAGAUGGGGCAAAAGCAGAGAGGCUUGUGGGGCAGCUCUCUGAUGCACAGCAGGUGGUAAAACUGAAACAGGCCCCUGGAGAAGCAAGAAUACAUGAAAGACAAGCAGGCCCCUCUGAGAGGAAGAGGCCCAAAAUCAGAGCAGAAACCAAUGACGGGAUUCCAGAAGAGGCUGGCAUCAAGGUGUCAGCCAAUGAAUGGUGCAAGACGAUCUCCGAAGAGACUUUCAUUGAAAAGUGGAACCAAACCAAAGCAGAGUCUCUACCCUGGCUCAGUGAGGAUGAUAUAAAAAAGAUGGCGCUUCUCUCCAGAGGCACUGUGUUGAGUAAAGCCAGGCUUCCAGGCCAUGGACAAGUCCUUCGGGUUAGAUUUAGUGAGAAAAAAGACAUAUUUGUUCCUGCAGGGGACACUCAUAUCACACGCUGUGAGACAGGAAGCUGUGCACUCAUAAAACGUCCCAGUGAUUGGUUUGAGGUGUUCGCCUUUCACCUGGACAGAGUUUUGGGUCUGAACCGGAGCUUGCCCACAGUGUUGAGAACAUUCCACAGUGAGAUUCUACCGUACAAAUACACCAAUGGAUCUCCUAGACCAGUGAUAUGGUGGGAUCCCAGCAUACAACAUCUGUCGGAUGCUGAGAAUGACCAGAACUCUUUCUCACUUACUUGGACACAGUAUCAGACUCUACUUCAGAGCGGGUGUGGUACUCGGGUGCCACUGAACUUUACAAGCUGUGUGGGAGUUCAUCAUUCAGAGUGGGGGCGGCUGGCCUUGUUUGACUUCCUGCUUCAGGUGAAUGACAGACUAGACCGGUCUUGCUGUGGUUUCAGACCAGACCCAUCAGAACUCUGUGUAGAAAACCUGCUGCAUGUCAAAUGUGGAAACCCAAAGGACUUAAAUCUGGUGCACAUCUUGAUUAAGAAGACGGAACCAUCCAGACUGGUUUUUAUUGACAAUGCAGGAAGACCUCAUCAACCACAGGACAACCUCAACUUCAGACUGCUUGAAGGUAUUGAUGAGUUUCCAGAGCGGGCCGUUUCAGUUCUGCAAUCAGGAUGUCUGGAGAGGAUGCUCCUUCGCUCCCUGUCUGUGGAUCGGGAGUUCUGGGUGAGCAGAGGAAAAGUGUCCGGACUCAAAUCUAUCAUCCGGCACGUAGAGCAAAGAGCCAAGGCCCUCCUGCAGUAUAUACAAGAGAAGAAACUACGACUUACCAGAGAUCUUUAACUCUCACAUGAAGAGAUUCUCUUAUAUUGUAAAAACAAUUACUGAAUUCUUAGAAAACACAAAAUGUUUAUGGAAAUCUUUUGCUUUGAUUUUAAUCAUCCUGAUUCAUUUAUGCCAUUAUGUUCAUUAAGUCUUGUUUUGUUGUGAUGUUUAGAAAGCCAUGCGAACUAUGCAAGACAGCUAAAAUGAGAAGAGCUAGUGCAUUUUGCAUGUAUUUUUGAGUCGAUUUCCCUAAUCAGGGUUGGCAAUCCUUGAACUGUGAUUAAGUGAUGCUCAUAGUGUCUGAGAGAAGACACUCCAGAUGGUCAUUUGCAAAGCUGGACUCAUGCAGAGGCCCGUCACUGUGAAGAGACUUACACUAUGUCCUAACCAGACGUGAUACACUAAGAUUUCAACAACAAGCAACAAUUUGUCUUUCUAUGCUGAAUGUUAAUGUGCUGUCGACGGCACACAGUUAUAGCCAAUUAGGAGAUAUGUAAUAUUUAAUGUACAGUUAUGAGAUGUGGAUUUUUGGUCUAAUGAUAUUUCAUAUAGUGGGUGGAUGAUGUUGCACAAUUAGACACCAAACCAUCAACAAAAUCUGUCGCUUAUUUGUUUUGUGGUCACAGCUGCAUUGGACAACACCAGAAUUUACAUGGACGAAAUUAAGCUUUGUAUGUCAAGUCUUCCUGCGGUGCUUUCAGAAAGGGUAACUGCAGAUGUAAAUUAGAUAUGAAGCUAAGCUGAUGAAGCUUCCAAACUAUUUUUCUUGUACAGUGUCCUUGAAACGCCAAAAACAAGAGAAUUGUGGUGUACACGCUAAAUCUUUAAUGAAGGCUGCUAUACUAGAAGAGAUGCAGAGGACUAUGAAACUGUGGUGCGGAGUGAAACUGAGCCCUCUCCACUUAACUCUGGGUUGUAACUGCUGGGUACAACUGAAAAAUUGUAAAUAAUCCAAAGACAUUCAGCAGAUAUCAGUUCCUUAAAUCAAAUGAAAAGGGGCUGAAGAAGAGUUUAGAGUGGCUGUUUCGAGUCCAUCUGUUCAUGAGCUGAUCUUGUCACUUCCUAUAAGCCUCAUACUGAUCACACAUUUGGAGAUUAGGAGCAUGUCGAGGGAGAAAAAAUAAAUGAUAUCAGCGAAACAUUAAAUCUCCCUUUCAUCCAGUUCGAAUUCCCACAGGUCUCAUUUACAUUUGCCUAAUGUGGGCCAGAGACUCCUGCCUGUGUUUUGCUUCCAAUUUCACUUCAAAAUACAUUGACUGCUUCUUCACUAAACAGACUUGUAACCCCCUAGAACAUAAGGCUUGUUUAGCAUAAAUGCUUAAUGCACAGAUAUUCUAUAUCCUUGAUGAGCUGAUAUCACUCUCAGAAAUAAAGGUACAAAAGCUGUCACUGGGGCAGUACCUUUUCAAAAGGUACACUUUAGGUUCCUAUUAGGUUCUAAUAUGUACACUUUAAGUACUUAUAUGUACCUUUAAGGUAUCAAAAUAGACUCUUUGGGUACAAGCAUGUACCUUUUGAAAAGGUACCGCCUAAGUGACAGUACCUUUAUUUCUAAGAGUGUAUAAUACUUAAAAAGUGCAGUAAAUUUCAGUGCACUAUAAGGAAAGAUGGGUAAAACAUCUAGUGGGUAUAGAAAAGAAUCACCCCCUUUAAAAUAAUCACAUUUUGUUGCUUUUCAGCCUGAAAUGAAAACAGACACAGUUAUUAUUAUUAUUAUUAUUAUUAUUAU